AGUGUGCAAUUGUCAAGUCGCAUAUUUGUUUUGACACUCAAUUCGAUUUCAUUAAUUGUUGUUUGUCAAAGAAUAGGUAUCACACGUGGGUUUGAUCGCAAUUUUGUACAAGAAAAACAAUGAUCAAAUCUUCUCACAAUGGACGCCUAUGAUAUAUUCAAGAAAUUAACAAAAGGCUUAACAUUUAAACACCGAGUUCUAGGUAUUAAAAAUAAUCAGGAGCAACCUUCAAAAAGUUUAGAGGUGCCUAAAAAAGAAGAAAUAAAAGUUAAAACAGAAGAAUUUAUCAAAGAUGAAAGUGAUUGUAGUAAUAAUUCUGAUAUAUCUGAAUCUGAGGGCUCAGAUAGUGAAAACGCCGACAUACAAUUGGUAGACGGAGUUAUUAUCGGAGAAAAAAAAAGGAAAAAGAAGAAAAAAGAAAAGACAGAAGAUUUACAAAAGAAACUAGAUCUCGAAGAGCAAAACCGUUUCCGUAAUGAACAUGGUAUAAAAGUGGUGGGGCGGCAUGUACCCCCUGCCUUGAAGCAGUUCUCUGAUUUAAUGCCCCUAUACAAUGUAUCUCCGUCACUAGUGGACAUUGUGAUACAGUGUGGUUAUACUGAGCCUACACCUGUGCAACGGCAAACUUUACCCUGCAUGUUGGAGGACCGCCAGAUCCUUGCGUGUGCACCAACUGGUUCUGGCAAGACAGCGGCUUUCCUUCUGCCCAUUUUACACACUCUAGGUGCCCCACAAGGCGGCCCAAGGGUUCUGAUCCUAUGUCCCACAAGAGAAUUGGCUCACCAAAUCUAUCGUGAAGCAUUGAGGCUUAGUGCUUCCACAGAACUACGGUGCAGUGUGGUGCGUAAUCUGAAAGAAAGUAAAGUAAAGGAACGAGAAGCUACCAUUAGGAAAAGUGAUAUUGUGAUCAGUACGCCAAACCGCCUCUGUUACCUGCUUAAUCAAGACAAUGUAAAUAUCACCUUGGACAAAGUCCGAUGGCUGAUCAUAGAUGAGGCGGACAAACUGUUCGAGGGCUCCGCGGAGCAGGCGUCGGACUUCAGACAGCAGUUGGACCAAAUAAUGUCGUGCUGCGGCAGCAAGCAGCGCCGGGUGGCGAUGUUCAGUGCCACGCACACGCCUGCUGUUGCCAAGUGGACCCGCCACAACCUGCGCGGACUCAUCAACAUCACCGUCGGACAAAGGAAUGCAGCCACUAACCUAGUGGAUCAGGAGUUGCUGUUCUGCGGCAACGAGAACGGCAAGUUGGUGGCGUUCAGGCAACUGGUGCAGAAGGGACUCAAGCCCCCAGUUCUAGUGUUCGUGCAAAGCAAGGACAGAGCGAAGCAGCUGUUCAAAGAGCUCAUAUACGACGGGAUCAACGUGGACGUCAUACACGCCGACCGCACGCAGGCGCAGCGGGAUAACGUGGUGCGGAGUUUCCGUGUGGGUCGCAUCUGGAUACUGAUAUGUACCGAGCUGAUGGGGCGCGGGAUCGACUUCCGCGGGGUCAACCUCGUCAUCAACUACGACUUCCCGCCGUCCGCCAUCGCUUAUAUUCACAGGGUCGGGCGAGCGGGCCGCGCGGGACAGAGAGGCCGCGCCAUCACGUUUUUCACACAAGAUGACGUGGUCAACCUGAGGAGCAUAGCGUCAGUAAUGAAGCAGUCCGGCUGCGUGGUGCCGGAAUACAUGCUGAAACUCAAGCAGGACCCCAACAAGAGGAAGAAGCUGAUGAAGAAAGCACCCCGCAGGGACAAAAUAUCGACAUUGCUCGAGAAACCCAGCAAGAGAAAACUGGAAAGCGACAAGGAAACGGAACAAACUGAAAAAUCAAAAGAUGCAGUAGCAGUAAAGAGCAGUGAAGCCAGUAAACUUAGAAAAAUAAAUAAUGUGCAACGUAAUAAAAAUAAAACAAAUCAAAAGAAAAAUAUUAACAAAUCUAACAAUAGCAAGAAAAGAAAAAAGAAGGUGGUCGCGGAUAAAGUGAAAAAAGUUAAAAAAUAAGUUAUUGUAAAAUAAAUCUGUUUUUAA